GAUGCAAACGGAUACUUUGCUAAUAAGACCCUCUCUCGUAAGCAUGCCGAGGUAUGGGCUGAGGAUGACAAGAUUUACGUUAAGGACACAAAGAGCCAGAACGGUACCUACAUCAACGGCAAAAGACUUUCCGACCAGGGAAUGGAGUCCGUUGCGUGUGAGAUCUGCCCCAAUGACAUCCUGGAAUUCGGGACGGACGUGUUCUGGAACAAUGGCACGACUCCGGUUCAUACCAAGGUCUAUGCGCGCGUAAUCAUGCCGAAUGCAGAAAUUCAGCCUCAGGCCAAGCUUUGA